GCACUCAGGUGUGCUAACGACGAUGGUGGUGACGCUGGACGAGGCCGGGGACGUGCUACUAUGUGGAGGCGUGAGCGCUGCUCUCUGCUCCCUCCUGCACCUGCUGGGACUAUCCUGUUCCACCUGCUGGCUCCUCUUUACUACCGUCUGGCUCUUGACUGGCGUCACCUGCUUCCUGCUCUCUACUCUCAAGGUGUGUUGCGAGGGGAAGGUGGUGCUCGUCACCGGCUGCGACUCUGGCUUCGGCAACACCCUGGCGCUACACUUGGACAAGCUGGGGUUCCGGGUGAUUGCGUGUUGCCUGGGUAAGGAAGGGGAAGGUGUGCAGCGCCUGCGAGACGAAGGUUCCCCCCGCCUUCACCCCCUCCAGCUGGACGUCACCUCUCAAGACCAACUGAAGACCGCCGUUAUAAACGUCAAGAAGCUCAUCCCUGAGGGAGAGGAGCUAUGGGGCCUGGUGAACAACGCUGGCAUCUCUACCUUCGGCGAGGUGGAGUGGGUCCCGGACGCCACCUACAGGAAAGUACUAGAGGUGAACCUAUUGGGCACCGUCGCCGCCACCAAGACCUUCCUGCCUCUCAUCAGGAGAGCCAAAGUGAAAGAAGUAGCCAUGAAAGCAGCUACCUCUCAGGAAACAGCAAGGUGCACUAGGAAGCUGCCGGAGAUGAAAAGAUCAGUGGUAGCAGUAGGCAUUAACCACCGCACUAUACAGAGUGCCUUGAGACACUAG